AACAAUUCGCUCUGGAAGGCUGGGACAACACACUGAACAUCACAACCAGACAAGUCAACUCUGCAAGCUAGCAUUAUAAUCUGCGCUAUAUCCGUGUGUCUCUGAAUAUUCCUUACUUUUGGAUGUAAACAGGACUGCAGGGGACUGGCGUAAUUUGAAAAGUGGUCAUUGAGAUGUUCGGGACAAUGUUUCCCCUGUGGCUACUGAUCUACAGUAUUGGUUGGGCAGUACAAUCAGGGCUAAGCCUCAAAGUCAACAGCAGUGACCCAAAAUCAGACUGGAUCUGGAACCAGCUCGCUAGCUGGGAGGGUGCAACUGAACCCAGGCAAAUCGGAAAGAUAGAAUCAGGAAGACACGAGUUGGGAAAAACGAAAUAUGAGCUACGUGGUGAGGGCGUAGGCACGAUAUUUAAGGUGAAUCCCGACACUGGAAACAUUAUCGUGUUCAGAGAGUUGGAUCGAGAAAAGAAGGAUCGUUACAAACUAGAAGGAUUUGUGAUGGACAUAAAGUCUAAGAAGCAAGUGGGUCCUUCGACAAACUUUACUAUUAAUGUUCUGGACCUGAAUGACAAUGCACCAAUAUUUACAAAAGAUCCAUUUAAUGGAACUGUUCCUGAGAUGUCCAGCACAGGAACUUCCAUUCUCACUGUUAGUGCUCAUGAUCCGGACGACCCAACCGUUGGCAAACACACAGAAGUGACCUACAAGAUUCUGAGCAAUGAGAAGACUUUCUCCAUUGAUCCGAUGACGGGAAUCAUACGCGUUGUGAACCCUAAUCUGGACAGGGAGAGGAAGAAAGACUAUCAGAUCAUCGUCCAAGCCAAGGACAUGGGUCUUGAUCAAGGAGGAAUGAGCUCAACUGUGACAGUAUACAUCUCUCUGACUGACAUCAAUGACAAUGCACCCUACUUCCCACACAGUCAAUACAACUAUUCGGUUUUAGAGGAUGCCACAAUUGGAAGUACAGUAAAUCGAGUGAAAGCCAAGGACCUGGAUGAAGGAGAGAAUGCAAAAAUAUUGUACACAAUUGUCAGUCGCAACAGUAUGUUUGACAUCAAAACAGACCCACGUACGCAAGAAGGUGUUAUAACAAUAAAGAAGCGUCUGGACUUUGAAAGGCAGCGACAGCACAGGAUUGAAUUGGAAGCAGAAAACCCCACCUUAGUGAAGGGGAAGACGUACAAGACGAAAGCCGUGGUUGUCAUUGAUGUGCUGGAUGUGGAUGAGCCUCCGGUGUUCAGCCGAGCUGACUACGCGUUCACCGUCAGUGAAAACCGGCCCGCUAACACCUCUGUCGGGAGAGUUUUAGCUAAAGAUCCGGACCAGGCCAAAAACAGCAUCUGGUUCUCAUUAAUAGAUGGGACAGAAUUUUUUACAAUUGGGAAAGAAAACGGAAUGAUUAAAACCAGAGUGGAGCUGGAUCGGGAAGACGUUGCAUGGCACAACAUCACAGUGGCAGGCCAUGAAGCUGGUAAAAGCAAUUUCACAUCCUAUACUCAAGUCACAAUUAAAGUGCUAGAUGAAAAUGAUAAUGCUCCAACUUUGGCUGAAAAUUACAAUCCCCAUGUCUGUGAAGAUGAUGCAGUUGGAACGGUUAUCCAAAUGAUCUCUGCUGUUGAUCUCGAUGAAAUUACUCCGGCUGUCAGAUUUCAUUUCAGGAUAGCGGAGAAGGACAGCAAUUUCUCAGUCAAGGACAACGGCAAUAACACGGCAAAUAUCACUGUCAAACAGGCAGGCUUUGAUCAAAACGAGGCCAGCAAGUUCUCAUUGCUGAUAAACAUCUCUGACAAUGGGAAUCCAUCCCUGCGCAGCACCGAGAAACUGGAGAUUAACGUGUGCUCCUGCGACCGAGACAGGAAUCCAAUAAACUGCCGGCACUUUGCUCCGCUCACCUCAGGAGUCACCGUCACUGUCCUGCUGAUUGUCUUCCUCUGCAUCAUCGCUGCUAUCAUGCUGGUAGUGCCGAUAGUCUAUCACAAGAUGCAGAAGAAGAAUGCUUUUGUCGGGCUGGUGAAGCCUCCGGGUGAAAUCCGGGAGCAGUUGGUGAGGUACGAUGAAGAAGGAGGUGGAGAGAUGGACACCCACAGCUUCGACAUCACGGUGCUCAACUCCCUGCGUGUAAACGGCCCCCAGCCAGCCCAGACCAUGAACUGCAGCCCCGUUUAUGCCCCCAUCAGGAAGCCCAACAACGACAUGGGCUCAGUGGUCAGGAUGAAGAAGGAUGAAGCAGACGGCGACAGAGAUGGUCUGCCCUACGACACGCUCCACGUCUACGGCUACGAAGGUGCGGACUCAGUCGCCGAUUCACUGAGCUCCCUUGACAUCUCCUCCAUCGACUCUGAACAGGAUUACGACUUUCUCAAUGACUGGGGACCCCGGUUUCAAAUGCUGGCCGAACUUUACGGAUCAGAUCCGUAUAGGAAGACUGGAGAAUAUUGAAACAAGUGAGAGAGAGAUGUGAUUUGUGUUUUUAUUCGGGUAGGGGAGUUUACCGAAUGGGAUGAGGAACAAAGCUAUGAAAACUAACUGGAUCAUUAGUGUGUAUAACACAAAAGCAUCAGAACAAGAGGAGGUCAUUUAGGUCAUUCUACUGUUCAACUAGACCACGUACAUUUUUUUAAAAUUGACCUAACCUAUUCAGAUUGGGGAGCAACGGUAGGCCAUUCAGCCCAUCUGCUCCGCCAGUCAAUGAGAUCAUGACUGAUCUGACAAUCUUCAACUCCACUUUCCUGCCUUUUCUAGCCCCCGAUUCCCUUCCUGAAUAAAAAAAUCUGUCUUAUUAUUAAUGACACAGCCUCACAGCUCUCUCCAGUAAAGAAUUUCACAGAUUCACUCCCCUCUGAGGGAAUAAAUUCCUCCUCAGCUCUGUUUUAAAGGAGGGAACCCUUCCCUCUGAGGUGAUGCCCUAGGCUCCUGGAUUCUCCCACGGGGAUGCAUUACACACCUUUGGAGCUGGUGGGAUUUGCAUCCAGGCCUCCCGACCCCAAGGUAGGGACAUUACCAGUACACAGCAAGAGCUUUGUGGUUGGUCUGUAUCCUAGUUCUGUCCACCUUCCUGUUUUCAUAACUAACUAACAACAAACACUUUGUUUUCACUCGUAGUAUGAAUGUCCCUGCCUAGGCUAGCAUACAUUGCCCUCUGCGCAAUUAGGGAUGGAUAAUGAAGAACCUCAUUGCUGUGGGUCUGGAGUCACAUAUCAGCCAGACCAGGUGAGGAGAGCAGUUUCCUUCCCUGAAGGACAUUAGUGAACCAGAUGGGUUUCCCAACAAUCAACAACUGUUUCAUGCCAUUAUUAGACUCUUCAUUGCAGAUUUUUAUUGAAUUCAAAUUCCACCAUCUACACAUAAGGCCAUAAGACGUAAGAGGGGAAAUUAGGCCAUUUGGUCCAUCGUGUCUGCUCCACCAUUCAGUCACAGCUGAUAAGUUCCUCAACUCCAUUCUCCUGCUUUCUCCCCCUAACCCUUGAUCCCCUUGAUAAUCAAGAACCUGUCUAUCUCAGUCUUAGCAGGGAUUUGUCUCAACAAUAAUACCACUAGGCCAUCACCAUUGUAUUGCAACACACAUUCAUAAGGACUAAAUCACUACUGUAAAAGUGAGAGACAUUCACAGGGUAAACUUUCAGAUUCCUUGAUUUUGGCUUGCAUUACAAUAAUGCUGUGUUACAUUGCCCACACAGAACCGCCUGGUUUAGUUCAAGGCAAUGUCAGUGAACUGCAGAUUAUUGGUGGGGGCGACCUGGGAUGGUAGAGGGAGUGAUGGUGUGGCAAGUCUUUCUUUCAUCUGACUUUCAGUCUCAGAAGGCUGUCCUGGGAGAUAUCAGAGCCUCCUUCGCUGCUGCACUGAUGGUGAACAACGCCAGAUUGCAUUGAACUUAACAGCAUUGAAAUAGGCCAUUCAGCCCAUCCUUUCUAUUCCAUUUGAGCUUCCUCCACUUCAUCCAAAUUCUCUUUCAUUUUCUCCCAGAUUCUUAUUCCCUCUCAUACCUAUACUACUCCCCUCAAAGUCACCGUGCCAUAGUGUGAUCCACAUAUUCUGAGCAGGGGAGUUUCUACAGAAGAUUCAGUCGGUUUUAAAUGAUUAUCUUAUAUUUAUGGCCUUUUUGUACAUCCACUGCCCAAUUGAUGAAACAUUCCAAUACUGUAAAAGAAAAAGCAGAAGAGGAGAACUUUAAUAAAACUUUUUUUGCAAUGGGGGUUACAAUUUGCAGUUUCCUCAACUUGCUUUAACUGCCUUCCAAUCAGGAGCUGCCUUUAUGGGGAAAUUCAAAGAGCUUUGGGCAUUUUCAUUCUGUAACUUUGGAAACACUCAGGCCUAUCUCAUCUGGAAUAUACUUUAAUGAAUUUUGUUCAAAGCCAUUAGCAUGUUUAGUUGCAUUUUAAAUGUCUUAACUCUUUAGAUUGAUUUAACACAGCUUGUAAAGGGUUACACCUCUUGUGCAAAGGAUUUUAUCAUAACUUUUUUUAAAAAAAGAACUAUUUUUGAACGUAACUUUUAAAAAAAUCUUGAAGCAAUCAGCAAUAGGGAUUUCACGUGUGUGCCUUCCUAAGAGGAAUGUGUAUUUGUAAUAAUUUUAUCAGUACUUUGUUGGCCAUGGGUAAUGGUUAUCCUGUGGCUGGUGUCACUGUGUUGUAUUGAACACCCUGUCAUUACAAGGCUCUUUGUUUGGAGAAAAUUUGUUAAUA